AUGGUUGGUUGGGUCGUGGGCCGUACAGUCCAGUAUGAGGAGGGAAAUGAUAAGGAUGCACUGUUUUACGUUGGAGGGGAGCUGAUAGAUACUGGGGUAGACCUUGACCACAGUGUGUGGAAUCAUGUGUGUGCUUUGUGGUCCAGUGAUGGUGGGGCUUGGAGCAUCGUUGUGAACCACACGACAGCAGCAUCAGGUGUUGGCGUCAACUACGGAACAGUUAUCAUAGGUGGAGGCACUUUCUUAAUUGGGCGGCCACAAGGCAUUAUUGGAGAAUCUUACAACUUUUGGGAGUCAUUUGUAGGGGAGAUAACCGAGUUCAACUUGUUUGAUGAUACAGACAUUCUACAUCUGAACCAAUCUUUACCCGCAGACAGUUGCCUCUUUGUACAGUCUGGUAACAUAAUACCGUGGACCAGUGUCAUGGAUGGUGUUAGAGGUGGAGUCCAUGUCAGAAAUGGGUCACAUUGUCUGGAUAUCAAUGAGUGUUUGUAUCCAAGUGUCUUUCUGUGUGGCAUCGGACGUCAGUGCCAAGAUCUCAUUGGCUCAUAUAACUGCUCCAAAUGUUUGUAUGGUUACCAAGGAGAUAACUGUAACCUGCCAAUCAACGAGUGUGCAUUGAAUAUCUGCCAAAAUGGUGCAUGGUGUGUUGAUGGGCCAGAACCACAUGAUACAGCUUGUACCUGUCAGAGUGGAUUCACAGGGCCCUUCUGUGAGUCCAUAAUAGACUUCUGCAAGUCUAUGCCAUGUCUAAACAACGGCUCUUGUUCCAACGUCCCUGGAUCUGGCUACCACUGUAACUGUCCUCAACCGAAUAUGGGAGAUAACUGUGAACAGCUUGGUGAUGCUUGCUGGCAGAAUCCAUGCCAAAAUGGUGGCAGCUGUGUUGCUGACAGCAACCAGUUUCACUGCAUCUGCCGUGAAGGCUAUGUCGGCAACUUCUGCGAGAACAACACAAAAUACUGCCAAACAAAUCCGUGUCACAAUGAUGGGGUCUGCAUCAUUCUGGGCGGCCAUCAGAAGUGUAUCUGUCCUGUUAAAUGGAAAGGCAGACGCUGCGAAGUGUCUCUGGUGCCCAACUGCUCUGUAUCACCAUGUUUAAAUGGCGGAUCUUGCUUCCUGUCACCCAACAGCAUUAUGGGAUAUGAAUGCCGAUGUCCACUGGUGCCAGGUGUAAGCUGGGACUCAAACUGUGGAUUUGCAGACCCAUGUGAGACAAGUCCAUGUCUGAAUGGUGGAUUAUGCAUUCACUUGAUCAACAAUACGUACAGGUGUAGCUGUGUGCUUGGGUUCUGGGGUCGGACAUGUCAGCUGGAUCUAAACAGAAUGACACCACAGCCCACACUUUCCACUUCCACAAUAGCUAGUGCUCCAACAGUUGUGAAGAUUUAUACGGUCACCCUGGUACUGAAAGAAUCACUCAGCACUGUUAAACAACACUACGCCAUCUUCGUUCUACAGUUCAAAAAUAGGAUAAUAAAACUCUUUCACCAAAACCAUGUGCCUGGUACCUUUAAUGUUGAGCUGUCUGCUACAAAAGCAGCCCAAGAUGUCAGCAGGACUAUUAUAGAUUUUCAUCUGAUCCACACACAGCACGUAACCAGAUUAAGUGACGUCAUUGAUGGCAACCAUCUCAGUUUGGUGCUGUGGCGCUCCCUAGUGGCUGGAUCCCUCUCAGGGUUUCCUGCAUCUCCGGAAAAAUUCAAGUUUGAACAGUUGAAGUCAGAUGGAAUAUCAUCACAGCCAUCAUCAAUAACAGUGUAUCUGUCUCUUGGUCUGGCAGCACUUGUGCUGCUUCUUAUCGUAUCAAUCAUCUUCAUCAUCCGCAGCAGAAGAUCCAGACAGUAUAAAGGGCAAUGUGUGAACAACUCUCCUGACCUCGUGUUAAACAUCGUCAACAACCCUGAUGAACAGCUCAGUCAAAGAGGCAGCUGCACUGAAGGUAAGGAACAGAACCGACAAACAAUUACCUGA